AUGUCUCGCCGAGCAGCACCACCUGGGUAUUUUGACGAAGAUGAUUAUGAUCUGGACCGCGAGAAAUACACUCGCUCACAUCGGCCCGAUCGUUCAUAUGAGGAGGAAGUGGAUUACCGUGGGAGAAGAUCGGUGCCGCCCGUCGAGGAGAUGGAGCGCAUGCAGAUUCGGGAACGUCCUCCAAGAGAGUUCGUGCGCGAGACCUUCUUCGAUCCCCCACGAAAGACCAAGCCGCCCGUGCGAAUGAGGAGGUCUGUCGAAGAGGUCGCACUGCCUGAGCCAGAGGAUGAAUACCAUCCACCCAGACCCCGACGAUCGCGUCGCCGUGUUCGUGAAAUUGAGGAAGAGGAUAUGAUUGUGGAUGAGAGGGAGAUACGGGACAGAAGACGCUAUCGUCCACGCGAGGUGGAUGAAGAGCAUAUAGUUGAUGAACGGGAUCGACGUGGAGGCCGGAAACCCCGCCUGCAACGGGAGCUUGAGGAGGAUGAGAUGGUGAUCAGACGUGGGGGACGGGUGCCGCCAUUUGGUUACGAUGGCGACAGCGAGCCAAGGCCCCGGGAGAGACGCUUCUCUGAUGUUCGCGAUGAAGUCUUUGUUCGAUCCUCUGAUCCACGUCGGAAGCCUCGUCGGCGGGAGGUGGGAUUUGAAGAAGAUCUGAUAGAUGAUAGAGAAGAAAGACCUCGUCGAUCAAGGCGCGGAGUCGAGCCACCCUCCAUGAGGAGUAUAUCGAAGGAAGACGAGCGAGUUAUGCGCUGGAAAGAUAGGCUGUCGCCUAGAGAAAUAGAGCAGGAAGAGGAGCUUCGAGUACGUGCAAUGCGGCAUCGUAGCCGUCGAAGUCCACGAGAAUCACAAUUUGAUCGGGCUCCACCCGGUGCUUGGCCAGAAGAGCGAGAGGAAGACGAAAAGAUCGAGGUAGAAGAGGUUGCAUCUCGUAUCUCCUCUAAAUCAGAGAAGGAGGUGACAGAAAUCGAAGAGGAAAUUGAUAUUCGACGAGAAAGACAUGAAAGAGAUCGUCGCAGAAGCGCGAAUAGUGAUGAGAUUAUGGCCCAUGAAAGUCGACGCAGGCCUUCAGUACCAGAACGAAAUUUACCUUCGGAGCCAACAAUGGUACCUAGUACGCGCCAUCAUGAUAUGGAUAAAGAAUAUGAUAAAAUUCGACCACCUCGUGCACCGAGUCCGGAAACUGCAUCUUCGCGCGCUGGUUUUGAUGAGAUUCAAAUAAAUCACAAGAGUCAAAGGCACGGCCAUCGAUCUGAGGAAAACAUCGCCUAUAAGAGGUAUGACGAUGAAGCCUCCGUUUCACCAACUAGUUGCGGAUCAGCAGGAUUCCGCAACCCUUGGAGAACUGACGAGCGUCGUUCAAGAAAGGCGCACUCGCUGGGUCGUGAAGGUAAGUCUGUAAUCGAAGAAGGGUCUCGCGGUCGCAUGCGAAGAGGCCCACCCCGAGAAGUUGAAGAAGUGGAAGAAAAUGAGGAAGAAGAUAUCACAGAAUUUCGAGAAAGACGCUCUAAGAUUCGACCUAAGGGCGACGAUAUCAAAAGGGACAGUAUAGACGAAUGGUCUGUUGUUCAUGCUCCCUCAAAGGAGGAAGCUAUUGAAAUGACCGGCGGCCUAGACGUAGUCGAAAUAGCCCCCAAAGAUGCAUCAUCCGCGCAAGAGUCUGAAUCUGAAUCUGAAAAGGACAUUGAGAUUGACCGAAGCAGGCGAGUCAUGCCAGAAGUUUCCAAAGAACGAAGGGAUGAGAGGUGGACUGAGAUCACCAAGGAUCUGGUGGUCCGUGAGGCCAUCGAGAGACUUGGUUAUGAGUUUGAAGAGACAAGAAUGUUCUAUUACAUCUUCUCUCAUCUUGAACCGGAUGGUAUUGAUGAACUUGUUGAGAUGUCUGAUGACAUACGGCGAGCUAGACGGAGGCGGAUACGAGAGAUGCACCGUGAGCGGGCAACUAUUCCCGCUCGGUCUGUCUCCUUGCGCGGCGUGCCGCAGAAGAACGAGACAGCUAAAACCUUGGUCGGUUCCGAUAUGACCACAGAAUCAGCUCAUUCUCCUAGUAUCUGGUGGUUCUUUAACUUUGUUUGGGACCGUGAGACCGUUGAUCGUUGGCACAAGGCCUUCUUCCUUGAUCUAGAUAAUCAUAUUCUGAUUGACCCAUACAUCCCAAUGGAGCCUGUCGCUAACAGCUCCAACUUGAUGUGUCUCAGAAACGACCUCUGCACAGUAUAUGUCCGGGGCUCUCUAGCUUUCCGGCCAGUAUGGGUAUCAAAGUCUAAAACCAAGUGGGAAAUUGAUUUCCACUGGCUGGUCAGAGAAGAUCAUGCGCCAUUUUCCCGAUGUCGCCUAACUGAUGUCCCUCACCUUACGAAGAGCCUCGAUAGCUCAGAUGACGUGGUUGUGACACUGACGGAUGAAGAUGAGUCGCGCCGUCUGGUGUCAGGCCAUCGGUUCGUGCUAGAAACUGAUGACCCAAUCAGUCGGCCUCUACCAAACUUUGACAUCCUUGAUAUGCAGAGGCGCAUCAAUCGUAUAGUGGCGAUGUGCAGCAUUAUGGACCAUGGAGGUCAGUCGAGCGUCUGCGCUGAGAAGGAAGUAGAGGUGGCCCAGCGGACUGAGAGGGUAAUCUGUAAGAAGAAGAUGAUGACUUCGAUCCUCAAUUCUUUUCUUCAACGGGAGCAACUGGAAGAGUGUUUGUCAAUAAGUUCCCGGUUAGCUUUCAAGAGUAGACCGUUUGAGAAUUUGAGAUUUGAAUGA